GUCGGUUUUGGAGCGGUUUACCUUGAGUUUGCAUCUAUUCUUUGCUCCUGUAUUAUUGCCGUUGAAGUUGAAGUAGUCAUCGACAGGUAGGACAUUGUAGCAGACAACUUUGUGUGCUUAGGUCAGGUGACAUCAGGUGGCGGCGAAGGUGGAGGGAAGGCAGAGCGCACUUGGGGCGGAGCCGCUUUGGUUUUCUCCUUCCGUAACUACCGAAAGUGGGAUUUCCCUGAUUUGUUAGCGCGGCGGCCCCGCUGCCUCAGUUGUUCAGAGACCAAGGUUCACCUGGAGCUCGAGAGGAGGGAACAAGGCAGGGAGGUGGAAAGAAUGCAGUAAACUCCUGGUAAUGGUGGAAACGACGUGCAACAAAGCGAAGGCAGAAAGCGAAAGCGUCCCAGAGUGACGAAGCGUUGCCAAGAAGUGGGCGCUCCUGAGGAAUUCACCGCGGGGACCCGAGGGAUGCACGUCGUGUAGAGGACUCCUUAUUCCGACGGGGGCGAGCCAAAGCCUGGACGGCGAUCGGCGAUGGUAGCCGAGAAUGGUCACGACGAGAAGCUGGUGGUGUCUAAUUUGCAGCUGCGUCUUCUGGUCAAGUAAGGAGGUACAUGCAAUUAUCCAGGAGCCUCAAAACAUACGAUUAAAUUCAGUUAUGCUUAAUAGUGUUCUCCUGUGGGAUCCAUCAAAUUUUUCUGAAGGAAAUGUAACUUAUACAAUUCAAUAUAAAAGUAGUAUGAAGUCAAACUUCACUGACUUGUGCCGAAGAAUAUACUUUACAGAGUGCAAUAUUUCAAAUACACCUAAAUACGGUCUUUCUAAUUUAAGAAUUAGAGCUGAAUUUGAGAAUAAACAAUCACAUUGGAUAUAUCUUAACUUCACACCGUUCAUGGACACAAUCAUUAUACCUCCAAUUGUACAAAUUAUACCCACAAAACCUGGAGUCUUGGAUGUUUAUCUCCAAAGCCCUCCUGUUAUACUUAGUGGUAUCAGAUAUUCCUUGAAGGAUUUUUAUGGUUCGAUUGGUUACAAGAUGAAAAUUUGGAUGAAUACUAGUGAACAGGUUAACAACGUGACUACACCACAUCCUUUCCAUGUAAUAUCUGGCCUAAAUCCUGGAAUAACAUAUUGUCUUAAGGCUCAAGUAUUUAUUGAAGAAUACAAUAAAACUGGAGAGUGGAGUGAAGCCACUUGUACCCAAACAAUUAAUAGUAAUUAUAUAAUAGGGACAGAUUCAGUAAUAUUGUUGGUUAUUUUCCUAACAGUAUUGGCAUUCAUUUUUUUCUGCUGUAUAAUUUAUUUUAGGAUCAAACGUUGCUUUUACCCUUCAUAUUCUUUGCCACAACAUUUCAUUCAGUUUUUAAGCCAUCCUUAUGAUAGUUCACAAUUUCUUGACUCCCAGUCACAGGGAGAGGAUCAUAACUAUGAUACGGUUAUUGUUCUUUCGGAGAAGUCAAAACAGUGUAAUAGUGAAUCAGAAAAUAAAACAAGCAACAUAAAACAGGAGCUGCAAGGAUCUCAAGAAGACAUCAUUAGAUCUAAAUAAAUUUCCAGUUGUACAACUUUGCUUCAUGUUUGAAACUUGGGAAUAAUAUACUUUACUUUAAAGAACUUAUUGAAAUUUACAAAAUGACACUUAACACUUUGCACAUUAUCAAGUAUUAAAAGUGGAGUUUUUUGCUUGAUAAAAGUUUUAUAUGAUUUUCUAUUUUGGAAAUUUAUACUAAAGCCUUAAUUUUAGAAUAAGAUGCAAUGAAUAAACAAGUUCAAGUUAUGAACAUAGUAUAAUUUAAAAUAUUCUGAAUAUACUUUAUUCAGUAAUAUUUGCUCUAUUAUUUUGAAGAGCAUUUAACAAAAAUAAAAUAUUCUUCUAGA